AUGCCACCUCCCCCACCUCCACCGCCUCCCCCCACACCGGGGUCGGCCAUGGCGCAGCUGAAGCCAGCACCUUGUGGCCCCUCUGUGCCACAGUUCACACCACCACCACCGCCCCCCAAAAUCCAUCAGGUUCAACCAAAUAUAAGCCAGGCCACUGCCACCUCCUCGUUGCCACCACCUCCUCCUCCUGUGCCUGCCCCACCACCACCCCAAGCACCUCCAAAGCCUGUCAUGACAGCUCUCCCUGCACAGCCUAGUGGAAAGGCAGUGUCACCAGGGCCAACAUUCCCAAAGCAGCAGAGUUUCUCUGUGAAGCCUCCUCCAUCCCCUCAGUUGCCAUCCCCCUCAGUGCCAUCAGUGGUGAAACAGAUAGUUAGCCAGUUCCCACCUCCUCCCACCCCACCUGCCACUGAGCCUCAGCCUCUGAAACCUCUUCCACUGACCGUGGCUCCACAGUCACCUCCAGCAGUGAAGGCAAAGCCCAAAUGGCAGCCUGUUCCCGCUCCCUCACCAGACUUCCCCCCUCCUCCACCAGAGAGCAGCUUAGUGUUUCCUCCUCCACCUCCUUCCCCAGCUUCCUCUGCAGGUUCUCCCCCCCCUGACAAAUCAGGGUCUCCAGUCAAAAAGACCGGCAAGACAUCAAGCCCUGGAGCAAAGAAACCACCUCCAACACCUCAGCGAAACUCCAGCAUCAAGUCCACCAGCUCCACUGAGUACCAUGAGUCCAAGAGACCUUCGGUGGACCGCCUUGUCAGCAAAUUUGCACACCCACCAGAGCCGUCAGGGUCUCCUUCCAAGGAGUCAUCGCCUCCUGCAGCCCCUCCAAAGCCAGGAAAGCUCAACCUUUCUGGGGUGAGCCUGCCCAUUGUCAUUCCCCAAGGAGGGAUCCCAGCAAAGGCUUCUGCUCUGGGUAUGUCUGGGAAGGAACCUGUGGUCGAAUUCCCUUCACCACCGUCUGAUUCAGACUUUCCACCACCACCACCUGAAAUAGAUCUUCCUCUCCCGCCAGUUGAGAUCCCAUCCAUGUUUUCAGGCAGCACCUCCCCAAAAGUCGCUGUUGUCAAUCCCCAGCCUCAGGCAUGGUCAAAACCAUCUGUGAAAAAAGCCCCACCACCCACACGACCCAAGCGGAACGACAGCACUCGACUGACGCAGGCAGAGGUCGCAGAGCCACCAGGGUCAGCUGGCCCACAAGUGCCCACUUCACCCAAGUCCAGCCUUAGCGUUCAGCCGGGAUUCCUGGCAGACCUCAACCGGACGCUGCAGCGGAAAUCCAUCACCCGGCACGGCUCCCUCUCCUCCGCCCGGAUGUCCAGAACAGAGCCCGCAGCCACCAUGGACGACAUGGCCCUGCCUCCACCUCCGCCAGAGCUGCUGGCUGACCAACAGAAGAUGAGCAGCUUCGGGGGCAGUCAUAUAUCCGGCUAUGCAACGUUACGGAGGGGGCCACCCCCUGCACCUCCCAAAAGGGAUCAGAACACGAAGCUGUCACGAGACUGGUAGUCAGUCUGCAGGGGCCGGUGCUCUCCAUGACUUGUGGGCCACCCCAUGAUCGGCCAGCCUGUGAUCUUAUGCACUUGGAGAGAAUGUGGGGGUGUGGAUGGUAGCCCCAUCAAAAGAGGUGAUCUCAAACUGUAGCUAAGGCUAAAUAUAAAGACAUUCCCCUCCCAUGGCUAGGCCAAAAAAGUUGGAGGCCUGGGGGUGUUAUUUUAUUGGGCAAGGUGGGUUGAGAGGCAUUGACUUACCCUUUGAAUUUCUUUUACCCUUCAUAGGGAUUGGACCAAAAACCCAUUUUCUUAUUUUUUCUGCAUUUAGGGGAGGGGGGAGAUAAUUUUUUGUAGUGUCUAUGUGAGACAUGUUUGUGCAUGUAUUAUAAGUGUAGGUAUAUAAUAUAUUGUGAUAUAUUUCGUCGCAAUUAUAGAAGAUAACCAGAAUGUUUUUGUAGAACCAUAUUUAUUGUUUCAGUCGCUCUAUUAUCUGGAAU